AGGCUUCUUGCGGCUUGGAACCAUUCCUGGCCAACGUCUUUCUGUCUUCUGCUGGCUUUCUUUCUCUAUCAGAUGCCACCCAAACGCAAGGCUUCCACCGCAGGGAAUCAGGAUGGCACGCUGCCUCUUAAGCGUAGGCUUCGAACUACUAAUGGCCCUUUGCUCGAUACACAACCUGCGGUGACCCCGUCUACGGGAAGGGUCAGGUCUCGUAUUGUAAAGAAGUCUCCGGAAAAUUUGGAGACAGAGGAGGAUAGCACCCCGGCUGGAGAGUCCUCUGCCCAACCUCUUCGGCGCGGUCGUCCCUCCAAAGCUUCGGCUUUAAAGUCUAAAGCCCUCCCGAAAGCUCUGGUUGAUGAUACACCUCCGAAGCCCAGCACAUCCAAAGAGACGCUAGAUGACGCUGAUUAUGCAACUGAAGACGCUGAGGCCGAGUUACCAGAUGAUGAACUCCUGCUUUCACCUCGCAAACGGAAGCCAGCCACACGUCCAGUAACUCCUCCUAGAAGUGCUACACAUGGACAAAUGAAUGGAAGUCCGCGAUAUCUCUUACACUCUGUGGAGGUACCGACACCAUCUUGGGUUAAUAAGCCGAAUCUGUCUCGUCACCAUGACGCUACAUCUCCGAUACCCCCGCACCGAAACGCUAGGAAGACAACCAGGAGCACUACACCAGAGGCAUCAAAUAGGAUAUCUCAGACAGUAUUGUCUUCAUUACCUUCCACUCCUUCCAGAUCAUUAGUUCGUUCCCCCAUCCCUUCUCCAAGACGUUCACCUCGGAAAGCGGUCGUACAGACCCUUCAAUCAGACACCGAUGAUGUUCCUUGGACAACCGCUUCCCCUCCUCUGUCUCCUUCCAAAGGUAAAAGCAAUGCAUUUGCGAGUCCUAAGAAGACAGGAGCAUCAUUUGAUGUCCUCCCAGAAUCACUACACACAUGUCUAGAUGCACAGAAAGCAGCCAUUUUGAAGGCGUUAUACAAGUCACCUCCGCCCAGCAACCCAGAUGAAGAUGAAGAUGACGUCGCCGCCAAUGUGUUAUCGGAGGAACAGCUCACUGAGUUGUUAAAAGGCACCGUACUUCGGGGUGAAGGUAACAGCUGUAUUCUAACAGGCCCGCCGGGUAGUGGCAAGACGCAGAUGGUGGAGCGGGUCAUGGCUAGCCUACCCGAGACACCUAUUAUCGUCCGACUCUCCGGUCAUGCCCAGACAGAUGACCGCCUUGCCAUGCGCGAAAUUGCAUGGCAACUGGCGCAACAAACAGGUACAUCGUUAAUGCCACAUGAAGAGAAUAAUGACGUUGUGUCGCAAGAUGAAGAAAAUCCUUUCAUCGAGACUACCUCACAAACCGUCGUUUCUCUGCCUCCGCCAGCGCAUCUGCUGGCCCUAAUAUCCGUGAUACCCACACUUUCUCGACCGACAAUUAUCGUUCUGGAUGCAUUUGAUUUAUUUGCAUUGCAUGCUAGACAGUCUCUGCUCUACUGUCUAUUUGACACCGCACAACACAGCCGAGUGGGGAUAAAUGGGAAGGGUAUGGCGGUGGUCGGCGUCACUACUCGAAUCGAUACGAUCAAUCUACUGGAAAAGCGAGUGAAGAGUCGAUUUUCUGGACGAAUACUACGCACUGCAGGACCCACGAAGCUGAAGGAUUGGCUUGGCGUCGCGAGAUCUGUCCUCUGCCUUCCUAUAGAAUCUGAGCAUGCGGAAGAAUGGACGACUCUAUGGCAGUCUUCGGUGGAUGAAUUCCUGGCAGACGACGCCGUCAAGGAUGCAUUGACGGAAAUAUUUGCACUAACUCGCGAUUUUCGCAUGCUCUGUCGUAUCCUAACACCGCCGAUCCUGGAACUAAACCCGUCAGCUCCAUUUCUGUCUUCAUCACAGUUAAUACAGGCGAUCAGAAGUCAACGAUGCCCUGACUUGUCUUUUCUUCCAUCCCUUCCCUACCCUGCAAUCUGUCUCCUCAUUGCAGCCGCGCACACUCGUAUAUCCGGGCAUGACACGUUCACAUUCGAGAUGCUGCAUGAAGCAUUCCGCGACCAAGUACGGACGUCCUUAUCAGCACCGGUUCAGGUCCGAGGGGGUGGAAUUGGGAUGGUGAGAUGUAGUCGUGAAGUUCUGAUCGGAGCUUUCGAGCGGCUUAUUGCUCUUCGGAUCUUUGUUGCUGCUGCCAUUCCAUCUGCUGGGAUCUCAAGGGAGUUCGUGCGAUACAGAUCGACGCUCGACCAUGCUGAUGUGAAGCUGACUGUAGAGAGGACGGGUCAGUUGAACCUCAAGAAGUGGCUCAGCAAGGGUAAAUCCAAUUGACCAGAUGUACUGCUUGGACACGUGUGUUAUCCUACUUCUCUCAAGCCUGAAUCUGUGCAUGUAUGGGAGAUUGCUUUCGCAGCUUCGCAAAGGUUCUGUGUACGCCCUGCCCAUUCUGAUGCAGAUAGCGAGCUAUUUUAGUCACGUUAGCGGUGCCAUGGUGAAACUGUGGGAAGUCCUAUCAGAGUUCAAUCGAAGACAGGUAUCAAGACUGGAUUGGGAAAAUUCACGCUAAUGUAUCCCGAAGCUACCAAUAACGCCAUUCGAUCACUCC